AUGUGUUGGCUCCUCUUUUGUAUGUCAACGUUGGUGGGGGUCGUGUGUGAUGAACUCAUUCUUGUCCAAACGGUGUUCCGACAUGGCGAUCGCGCUCCAAUGGGUGGUAGUACUUCCAAGGAGUCAGAGAUCUACUACUUCAGAGGAAAGGAACAACUCACUGAUAAAGGACUCGAGCAAGCUCAUCAGUUGGGACUGGACCUACGACGGCGUUAUGUUGACAACGGCUUUCUGAAUGCGCGAUACCUCCCCUCUGAGGUGGUGUUCAGGAGCAGCUCUUCAGAACGGUGCCUGAUGACGGCGUCCGCCGCUGCAUCUGCUAUGUUUAAUCUUACCGCAAGCGGGCAACCAACUGUCGUACCUAUAUUCACUGUUCCCAAGGAGGAUGAUUACGUUUGCGUUCCUCGGCUCCAAUGCCCAUUUGUUCUGCGAGAGAUGGCGGAAGUGUUGGGAUUCUCAGAGACUGUACCUUCUCUAAAUGAUCUACUGCUGGAAUUGUUCAAACAGGAGUCGGAGCGUUUGAAUUACACACGUGUAAUUGGCGAUCGGCUGCACUUGUUCGAACCGUUAUUUCUGGAGGAAUUUCUGCAAGGCCAAAAUCCAUCGUCGGCUGUCGCAAAUAUCUGUUGUGCAUUCAGAAAAGGCAUCGUGUCUCAACCCAAGGUACAUCCUUGGUAUCAGCAAAUUCGUUCGGACAAUAUUUUGUUCGAAGGUCAACGUCGUACUGGACGUCCUCCUGUUUUGAAUGACGGAACUUUGCGCACUGCUUCAAUGGAGAGGCCAAAUGCUACUACUCGCGAUUUGUCUACGGCACUCGGGUGCAGUCAGAAGACUAUCGUCAACCAUCUCCAUGGCCUCGGCUACGGAGAUAUACACUCAAGAUGGGUGCCCCAUGGUUUGAGCGACUCGGACAAAGCAUCAUGGCAAGAUGCUGGCCUCCCUGUACCGCAGUGGUUCGAUGAUGAGGCGAGGAAAGAAGCGGAUCAUUUACUCGACUUGGUCAGUUAA